AUGGACAGCCCUCCACGAGGCGGUCAUGAUGAGACGGGUCUAUCUCAUUUGCCGAAGCGACAGAAGACCUUCCAUCAUCAUGAUUUGCCAGCCGCACGGCGUAAAAUUUACACUGUUGCCUGGAUAUGUGCGCUAUCGAUCGAGAUGGCAGCGGCCCGGGCCGUACUGGAUACUAUUCACGAACCUCUACCUGCCCUUGCCGACGACAGCAACACAUACGUUUUUGGGAAUGUCCAAGGACAUAACAUUGUCAUUGCGUGUCUACCAACAGAUCAGUAUGGUAUUGUCAACGCAGCGAAUGUAGCAACGAACAUAAAGCGGACAUUCCCCGCAAUCAGAGUUGGUUUGAUGGUUGGAAUUGGCGGUGGUGUGCCGAGUCAGGUUGAUGUGCGACUGGGUGACAUCGUGGUUGGAACCAGGGUGAUGCAAACCGAUUUGGGAAAAGUCAUUCACGAAGACCACUGGCAGCAGUUGGAACGGACAGCGAUUCCCAGGAUCCCCCACCAAUCUCUAGGGACAGCCGUGACUGCUCUACGCGCAAAGCAUGAAUUUGAACCGAGUCGAAUUCCAUCUAUUCUCCAGCAGAAAUUCGAAGGAUGCCAGUUUGGUUACCCAGUCUCUCCAGAUCGCCUCUUUCAGGCAGAUUACCAUCACAAGGGUCCAAACCCCAACUGUGACGAAUGUGACCACUCAAAGCUGGUGCUGCGAAGUACGCGGGUAUCGAAAGAUCCUUCAAUUCAUUACGGUGCCAUCGCGUCAGGGAGCCAGGUCAUUAAAAAUAGCCUUUUCCGAGACAAAGUUGCUCGACAACUGAAUGUGAUAUGCUUCGAAAUGGAGGCUGCGGGUCUGAUGGAUAUUAUCCCCUGUCUCCCAAUUCGGGGUAUUUGUGACUAUUCCGAUUCACACAAGAGCAAAGAAUGGCAGAAGUAUGCUGCGGCCACUGCAGCUGCAUAUGCAAAAGAAUUGCUCGAGGGGCUCCCUGUCACCGAAAUUGAUAAGGAAAAGAUCCACAUACCCACUACCCCAGAUCAUAUAGAUCGGAUUACACAACCAGAAGACCAGCGGCGGCGUAUACUAAAAUCCCUGCGGUUUGCGCAAAUGGACGAUCGUAGAUCAAAUGUCCGAAUGGCCCACCAAAAAACAUGUCAAUGGUUUCUCAGUCACCCUGAUUAUAAGGCAUGGCUAGAUCCGGAAAAUUUGACCCAUCUUGGCUUCUUAUGGAUCAGUGGCAAACCCGGGGCUGGAAAGUCGACGAUCAUGAAAUUCAUUCUCUCGAAGCAGGCUGGCCUCAAGAAUGUCGUCACUGCUUCCUUUUUUUUCAACGCUCGUGGAGAAGCCCUAGAGAGAUCUGUGAUAGGGAUGUAUCGAUCAUUGCUGCUUCAGCUUCUCGAUGGAUUCCCUGAUCUACAAAUGGUAUUGGAUGACCCUAGGCUUGUUCCCACCCAAGAUGAAAAGGUCUGCCUUCCCUUGGAUGUCCUCAAAGAUCUCCUUCAAAAAGCAGUUGAUUUCCUGGGUCAACGCUCGUUUACAUGCCUUAUCGAUGCGCUCGACGAAUGCGACGAGCAACAAGUCCGUGACAUGAUCCAAUACUUUGAGCAGCUAGCAGAAAGUUCCGCAGCCGAACGUCUUCGAAUCUGCUUUUCCAGUCGGCAUUAUCCCUAUAUUAUUAUACGUUAUGGAACCCGAAUCACACUAGAACACCAACCCGGCCACGCAGAAGACUUGCAGGCAUACAUCAGGGACGAACUCCGAACUGAAGACCCUCAUAUUGUCCAAAAUGUUUUCCAGAAAUCUGCUGGUGUUUUGAUGUGGGUGGUUUUGGUUGUUGAAAUCCUCAAUAGGGAGCUUGAAAGGGGUGCGAUGUCCCUUGGCAGGAAACUUGAGGAGCUACCAAGUGGGUUAAGCGACCUGUUCAAGCAAUUACUGAGACGUGAUGAUGAGAAUAUGGAGGGACUUCUGCUUUGUUUUCUUUGGAUUCUUUGUGCAGAGCGACCUUUAAAACCAGAGGAAUUCUACCAUGCUAUUUGGUCUGGCUUAUCACUAAAGAGUCCGAGUCUGGUUGAUACCAAAAUACCAGAUGCCUUAGUCCAGGAUACUAUCAAUGGUCUCCCCAGGUCUCAUAGAUAUGUGAUCAGUUGCUCCAAGGGAUUGGCUGAAAUCACAACAUCCUACUGGGGGUCAUCGGUUCAAUUCAUCCAUGAAUCUGUUCGAGAUUUCCUCAUCAAGGACAGAGGGCUCUAUGAAUUGUGGCCCGAACUUGGGCUUGAUUGGGAGAGCCCAAGCCACGACAGGCUUAAGGACUGCUGCAAUGCCUAUAUGAACCAUACGGAGGUGUGUGAACUUGUUAGCAAGUCAUCACUCCGAAACUAUCCAACACUAUUAUCAGAGCGUAGGGAAAUAUUGACCAAGUACCCAUUUCUGGAGUAUGUCGGUCAGAGUACCCUCUACCAUGCCAACGCUGCAGCAAAAGUUCUUCCUCAAUCCGAUUUUCUUUCCUCUUUCCAUUCAAACAACUGGAUCUACAUCAACAACCUUUUUGAUAUAUACCAGGCUCGGUCCUAUAGCACUUUUAGUGGAUGGAUGCUACUUUCACUCGCUUUGAGAAAUGAUCACGAUGAUCUCGCUAGGAAUCUUAUCGAGCAAGGAGCUGAUAUCAACUUUACUGAUCCAGACGGCCUAACACCACUUUUAAGAGCCUCAGAAGGUGGCCACAAGGCCAUUGCAACUCUUCUCAUCGAACAGGGGGCAGAUGUCAACGCAACUGGUAAAUCUGGAUGGAUGCCACUUUCACUCGCUCUGAAGAAUGAUUACGACGAUCUCGCUAGGAUUCUUAUCGAGCAAGGAGCUGAUAGCAACUUUACUGAUCCAGACGGCCUAACACCACUUUUAAGAGCCUCAGAUGGUGGCUACAAGGCCAUUGCAACUCUUCUCAUCGAACAGGGGGCAAAUGUCAACGCAACUGGUAAAUCUGGAUGGAUGCCACUUUCACUCGCUCUGAAGAAUGAUUACGACGAUCUCGCUAGGAUUCUUAUCGAGCAAGGAGCUGAUAGCAACAUUACUGAUCCAGACGGCCCAACACCACUUUUAAGGGCUGUGGCGAGGGGCUACGAGACCCUCACGAAGCUUCUCAUUGAGCAGGGGGCAGAUGUCAGUAUAUGCGAUAAUAUCAAUGGAAGGUCACCGCUUUUAAGGGCCUUAGGUGGUGGCUACAAGUCUAUUGCAUCCAAUCUCAUCAAACAAGGGGCAGAUGUCAAUGCAAGCGAUAAAUCAGGAUGGAUGCCACUUUCACUUGCUUUGAGAAAUGGUUACGAUACUCUCGCUAGAAUUCUUAUCGAGCAAGGAGCCUAUAUCAACGCUACUGAUCCAGAUGGCCGGACACCACUUUCAAGGGCCGCAGCGAGUGGCUAUGAGACCGUUGCGAAACAUCUCAUCGAACGGGGGGCAGAUGUCAAUGCAAGCGAUAAAUCAGGAUGGAUGCCACUUUCACUUGCUUUGAGAAAUGGUUACGAUACUCUCGCUAGAAUUCUUAUCGAGCAAGGAGCCUAUAUCAACGCUACUGAUCCAGAUGGCCGGACACCACUUUCAAGGGCCGCAGCGAGUGGCUAUGAGACCGUUGCGAAACAUCUCAUCGAACGGGGGGCAGAUGUCAACUUAUGCGAUGAUAUGACCGGAACCUCACCACUUAAAUGGGCUUUGAGGCAAGGCCAUGAGGAACUAGCGAAGCUUCUCCUCGAUCAAGGAGCCCGGGCUGAGCCGUAG